AACCACUCGGCACGGCAUCUCCACAUUAUUAUCAUUGCGCGCUCUCGAUGGUGAUCCACCUGAACUCGCGCGGACAAUCUCGCCCGGCCGACGAAACGAAUGACGCUAGCUGUCUCGCUCGUUCGCAGCCCGCGUGAGAUGCGCUCUCUCCUUCUCCCCGCGCGCCCGGCCGCCGCUCUCGACCAAUCGGCGGCCAUCUUUUGCUCCCCCGAGAGCAGAGCGACAGUGCGUACUCUCAUCACGAUCACAAGGAGACGACAUCUCGGCGCGCGAGGUUGUCGUUCCCGCGCGAGAUGCGAUACACGUUCGACGCGCGAAUUAUUUCAAUAAGUGCCUUACAAAUUUUAAAGUGUUUGUAAAUAUAAAAUAAUUUAAGACUGUAAAUCUGUGCUCAAAAAUUAUUUAAGUGUUUUGUGAGAGACUGGACGCUGUUUCGUGUGUUAUUGGACUAUUAUUUUGAAUAAUUUCGGGCUUCGGCUGAUAUCGCAGAAAUUAUCCACCAUUGGGCGUAGGCGUGGUCGUCCGUCGCGGGCCAUGCAGGGUGCUGCCAGCGCCCCCGCGCCCCCCGCGGCUGAGCCGCCAUCUUCCCAACAUAUAAAAACAGAGGAAGUCAUCAGUGAAGCAAAGGUCGAGGCUGAUGAAGAAAUGGACGGAGUUCAAAUUGAAAAGAAAGAGCUUCGCGUCACUAGGACGACUAGCAUAGACAGCGACAACCGAUCAGACAGGAGCGAGGAAGAUGACUUGAGAAGAGCACGCAAACGUGCUGCUUCCACCUCACCGUCACCCAAACCUAUGGACAAAAGAACAGCAAGGUUCGAGUGCCUAAAAUGCCGGCAGCGUUUCGAAUCUGCUAACGCCUAUGACCUUCAUAGAUUCACGGCGCACAGUGACGACACAAAAACUGGAUUUGAUGACUUAACAUUCGUAGAUUUUUCCAGUAAAAAGUUCCCAGAGAUUGCCCGAGGAGUGUGUGAGCGUAACCCUCACGUAUCAGUGACUGACCAACGUUACCGAUGCGACAUGUGUUGUCGUGACUUUCCGUGUGGACAAGCUUUAGACAUUCACAAGACAUCCUGUCUGUCCAACACACGUAUCCCGAGCCCACGCGAAGAGCGAGAUCGCAGGGACGAUUUCUUUGCUAAAUUAGAUCUCACAAAUAGAUCGUUUGGUAUCACGGGUACAUUAACUCCACCGAUGGAAAGAUUUACAUCCAAAUUUGACGAAAACCAUGUGACCAACGGCAUGAGACAUAUCGAUGCUGCCUGCGACUUCGCUGAUAUAAAGUCGAUUUUAAAUGUCACGUCUGCUGGUGGCCUGUUAGAGAGGCUCACUGGCACAAGAGUGGCUUUAGAAAGCUCAAUUUUAACCCCACCGGACACCAUCAUCAAAGAGAGAGAUCAGGAAGAGAGUCAAGAUAACUUCGCGGCAGAGUUUCGCCGCAUGAAACUGCGUGGUGAGUUCCCUUGUAGGCUAUGUCCUGCUAAGUUCCCCAACCUUCGAGCACUGAAAGGCCACAACAGAGUACAUUUGAGUGGAACGGGCCCGGGACCUUAUCAGUGUAACAUGUGUCCCCACGCCUCCUUAGAUAAGGCAGCGCUAGUACGCCACAUGCGUACACACAAUGGCGACAGGCCCUAUGAAUGUGCUGUGUGCAAUUAUGCAUUCACCACAAAAGCCAAUUGCGAGCGCCACUUGAGGAACAGGCACGCUAAAAUCACCAGAGAAGAUGUGAAACGUUCAAUAAUUUAUCACCCAUCUGAAGACCCAAACAAUGAUGAGAUAAAUUCAAAAUUAGCGAGAGAUGAGGUGAAGAGAUCACUCGCUUUUCAGACGCCGGAUAUCGACAGACGAAAUGAAAGCUCAGGACGCGACACUCCGCUCACUCAUUUCAAUCCUAGCUUCAUUACCGAAAGACAUCCCGUCACAAACUUAACUAGCAAACCGUUACCGUUGCCCUUGCCUGAGUCACCCCUUCCAAUAACGCGAGACGUGCCACAGUCCCAACCUCGAAUUAAAGUGAAGGGUAUUGGUCAACUCACUCAAAUACCGGAGUUCAGGCAACCAGACAUAACUUACAAAUCCAACGACGUACACGAUUCAUACGACGAAGAAGCUCCCGUCGACUUGAGCACGAGUGACAAUAACAGUUGUGAUGUACUUGAUUUAAGUAAAAAGAAAAGAGACAUUGAGUCCGAAGAACCUAAAGUCCCAGCACGUCCAUCAUUCGAGCCUGACGCUGCCAGUGUCGCAGCUUCAGCUUUUGAAAAAACAAGAUUCCUUCUAGCGUCCCAGAGAUUAUUUGAGAAUUCUCUUCCUAAAAUUGACCCGGCCUACUACGCAUCGCAAUUGUCCCAACUAUACGCUGGUGCUGUUCCUGGUAUCCCUGGAUUACCCUUACCGCCAUCUUUUCCCAUCACACCUUACCUACUUCAACCUUCCUUUUUUCCGCACCCCACUGAUUCUCAAGAAUUGGCUGAAAUAAAACAGCAUAUACAGAAAGAAAUCAUCAGGGGUUUGAGUAUGUCUGGCGGCAGACUUGUUCCAAAUGAACAAGAAAUUCAGGGAAAAUUAGAGCCAGAAGAAGAAGAACAAAAGCCACCACCGUCCAUCUCUCCGAUACCAUCACCGCACUCUGACUCACCCAGACCACCAAUGACUAAUACCCUCGUUCCCCAAACAGAUUCUGUCAAAAUGGUUAUUAAGAAUGGUGUUUUGAUGCCGAAACAGAAACAACGGCGUUAUAGAACUGAGAGACCCUUCUCGUGCUCCCAAUGCUCUGCCCGCUUUACGUUGCGCUCCAACAUGGAAAGGCAUGUAAAGCAGCAGCAUCCACAGCAUUGGAGCGUGCGGAGACCAGCGCCGAGGGCUCCACCACCAUACCCUAUGUCCGAUAAUAUGAACGAGAGGAUGAAGUUUGCACUAUUAGCUCGCCAUCUUGAAAGGCCCUUACAACAAUCUGAACGCUCACCCGUUCGAAGAGAUUCUGAUGAAGUGGCAGACAAUGAAGAAGAUGAAGAGGACACGCUCAUUAUAGACGAAGAGCCUGACCAGGAAAAUAAGGUGGAAGAUCAUACUGCGGCGCGUCGAGCAGCUGCUGAAAUUCUAAUGGCCACUUGCCAACAAGAAAUGGCCAAAGAUUUUGAUGUUAAAAUAGCUGGGAACUUAAUUAACAAACCUCUCCCUAUCAACAAUGACAAGAACGAGUCUGCAAUGAGUUCCGGCUCGCCGACGCAGGAACCACUACCUGUACCGGUGGUGCCCACUCGCAGUGAUGAAGAAGAAGAUGAGGAGGGUUUAGUGGCUUCAACUAGCGAGGGCAACAAUUCUGGCAGCGAUGAAAAUAAGUCUGAGACAGACACAGCUUUACCACCGAAGAAAAAGUCAGCGUACAGUCUAGCACCGAACAGGGUAUCAUGCCCCUACUGCCAUCGAAAGUUUCCCUGGUCGUCAUCGCUGCGACGCCACGUGCUCACACACACCGGACAGAAACCGUUUAAGUGCCCCCACUGUACGCUGCUAUUUACGACCAAAUCAAACUGCGAUCGUCAUCUACUGAGGAAGCAUGGAGGGUCCGCCAGAGCGGUACUGGCUGAGCCAAUCCCUGAGACGGUCUCCCCACCGCAACCAAUAAAUGACUCCCGAGCGGUACCGGAACGGCCAUACAAAUGCGCUACAUGUCCAACUAGCACAUUUUCCUCUCUUGAAACUUUAAAGAAACAUAUGUCCUCGAGACAUGGAUCAGACUCCCAGCCAGGUUCCCCGACGCCUGAAAUCCUGGAAGAAACCAAUGAUGGUGGUCUAGUCUUCAAGUGCCAUCUUUGUGAAGCCUCCUUCGGAGAUAGAAGCGGAGCUUUAUCACACUUGGCGAGCAGCCACGCGGCCGAGUACGAGCAGCUGGUCAGCAAGGGCGCUUUGGACGCUGCCAGUGACCGAAGUGAAAGCGCUGAUGAUGACGAGAGAGGGAAAUUUCCCGACCAUGCUAACAGGAAGGUGGUCUGUGCAUUCUGUGUUCGCCGUUUCUGGUCAGCAGAGGACCUCCGUCGUCAUAUGAGGACGCAUUCUGGAGAGCGCCCGUUCGCCUGCGACCUGUGCCGACGUCGUUUUACCUUGAAACACAGCAUGCUGCGCCAUCGCAAGAAACAUCGGGAGGAAAUUACAGAUGACGAGGAACCGUCUCCUCCAAAUACUCCACUUGAGGAUGGUAUCACUAAUGGGUAUCGGUACCAAGAUGAUGACGGUUCGGGUAGCGAAAUUCCCAGCAACGUGAACAACAACAACUCGCCGCCCUCUGCUCCUUACGAGAAGAAACUGAAACUCGACAUGACGUCGCGCAAAUAUUCCUCGGAGGCAGAAAACGACCCUGAGAACAGCGAUCUCAUUGGUAAACUGCUCGGCAUUCCAGACAAGACUAUCAAUAAGCUGCUCUCGUCCGCCGACGAGGCAGCAAAAAUUUUGGGAGUAAAUAAAUGAGAGUACGCUAUAGUCCUCGUGACUCCCGCUAGACUUAUUCUAGCGCCGCGGGGACUAAAAAUACCACUACAAAACAUGCAAAUACAAACGUCCAAAGCAAUUGAUAAAGGUACAACCUCGAACAACGAGUAGACGUAACAUAGUAUGUUUGCGCAAAUAAAUUAUUGUAAAUAUUUUUUUCUAGUUAUAAAUAAUAAUUAAUCCAAAGCUUCAACGAAUGUAUAUUUUAUAACAACGCCAUCUAGCAACGAGUAGAAGCAUUAAGUGCUACCAUCAUGGUACAGAUCACUUCAAUGCAAUAGUGUGUAAAUAAUAAUUUAAUAGGUGCCUUUAGCUGCCUUAAUAUAAAGUAUAAACCGUCCUAUUAUGCCUUACUGUACUUAAAGCUUAAAUAAAAAUGUGGGUAAACAACAACGAAGGUUUUAGUGCCAGUUCUUAAAGUACACUAUAAUAUUGUAGUUGUUAGUGUAUACUCAAGCUCUUACAUAAAUGGAGCCAGUUGUAAGUUUAAGAGUCAUUUUAAUGUAAGUUUUUAUUGUUUGUUAGAGUUAAAUAUCAUAGUCGGAACACUAUGUUCUCAUGAGACUCUAAAACACAAUAAAAACAAAUGUUUUCGAAAUCUUCACUUUAUAUUUAAUGCACAUAGUUAGCUGAUAAAUCUAUCGACGAUGUAGGAGCCGAAGAAUUUUGCAUUUCCGUCUAGUCGGGUACUAUUUUCCAUAACCUUUUAGUAAUAUAAUACACACAUUUUAGUAAUAUAAUAAAGUUCAGCCAAAAAUCUUAAGUUUCGCAAAUUCCAAAAUUUAUCUAGUCAACUUUUAAACGAAGUUUUUUCUUAUUCUAAGCUAUGAUACCAAAACGACGAAGUUAUCAUUCUCUAUACAAUUUAGAUAAUUAUGCUAAGACUUAAAAUAUAAACUCCAAUUUAUUGUAAAACCAAUGAAUAGUUUAAGCAUCUAUUCAUUACAAUAGCUUACCUAUAAUAAUAACUUAGAUAAUACUUUAGAUUCCGUAUACUUGUCUAAAAUAUAUUAUAAAUCUUUUUGAAUAUAUCAGCCUGUAUUACAAUUUGUCUUAUCACUUUAAGCUUCAUCUAAAUAUAUAAAUAUCUAAGCCUUAUUUAGUUUCAUCUAACAUAUAUAUAUUAGGUACUAUUACAAUUUUAAAAAGUGUCUGUAUUUAACAUUUUAUCUCAUGGGGCAGAAGCCAGUCUUAUGCUAAUGUAGUUCGUAAAAUGUAUUGUAGAUAUCUUUUAGAACUUCGAAGUCUAUAAUUUUCUAAUACUAUAAAUUAAUUUAUAUACUUUUGUUUGCUCAAAUUCAUGGCAUUUCUUUACUGACAAAGACUAGAUGUUAGGGUAAAGUAUUUUAAGGAAAAGGUUAGGAUCUCUUAGUACUUAUAACUUGAUAUAUUUUAUAUAUAAUAAAUUCUGAAUAUAUAAGUUUUCUAACCCACGGCUAUAGGUGGUUCCCGUUAACCAAACUGGGAAUAAUUAUGUUUAUUAAAAAACUAUUUCGUUUACAAUCAAAAAUUUAUUGGAGUUUUUUUUUAUAAUUAUUUUAUUGGUUAUAUUUCGGUGCAGCAAUAUUUUAUAUUUUAUUUUUGUAAAGGUUAUGAACCUGUAGGAUAUAAAUAUAGGAUAUAUAUAGGUAAUUAGAAAUAUAGGAAUAAAGGUCUCCUUCCUGGAUUGACGAAUCAUACGCUAGAAUAUACCUAAGUUCGAAUGUGCUUUGUAUAUUUUGUAACGCUACUAUAUACCAAAUAUAUUUUAAUAAUAUAAGUUUUAAUAUAAUUAUUAUUAUUGUAUGAAUAUAAUAAUGAUACUGCUCUUUUUAGAGUUAUUGGUAUAGAAGUCAGAUUUAAGCAAUAACUUGUGUAAAUUGUAUGUGUAAGUAUAUUUUAAGAACUUGGUUAUGAGAAAAACAAUGGCAAGAGGAAAUUAUUUGGAAAAUAUAUGGUAAGAAAACAUGUAUCUGUUUUAAACUUUACAGUAAUGUGUGAAGUAAUGGAAUGGGAAUGCCGUUGUUUUUCUUAAAACUAUUCAUAUUUAGGUAUUCAAAAAUAGACGUGACUUUUCUUAAAUUAUAGAUAAAUAUUUGUUUGUAAUUUAAAAGUAUACCAAAGUAAGUUUUUUAGAUUUAAAACAUAAGUGUACCUACGUAUUAUAACAAUUUAACUGAUUCCUGCUUCAUGUCAAUUAUAGUUAGAAAAAAAGCGAAUGAUUUUUGAUAUUUAAAGUUGUAUUUAUUUAAUGUUUUUUAUUUUGUGUAUAAAUUUGCUU